AUGUCAUGGGUGGAGGUACCAGCAGCGAAAUAUGAGGUGUUACCACCUGGCCAAUGCCAGUCAAACUGCCAAAUCGAAGCGUCAGUACAUUAUCGUGAUAUGACUGCCCACCCUAAUGAUGGUGAAUGGGCAAAAAUGGCACCUCUCCGUAUCUUGUCUUUCGAUAUAGAAUGUGCUGGCAGAAAGGGAAUUUUUCCUGAACCGAAUAUCGACCCAGUUAUCCAGAUCGCCAACAUAGUCACUCGAUAUGGAGAAUCCAAACCUUUUGUUCGGAACGUUUUUGUCAUGGACACAUGCAGCUCGAUCGUGAAUACACAAGUACUAGAGUUUGACAAGGAAGAAAAUAUGCUAAUGGCAUGGAGAGACUUUGUGGAGAAGGUUGAUCCAGAUGUUAUCAUUGGAUAUAACAUUGCCAAUUUUGACUUCCCGUACUUGCUAGACAGAGCAAGGUACCUGAAUUGCCUGAAAUUCCCGUACUGGUCACGAUUGAAGGGGGUCCAAUCUCACGCAACGAAAACAUCAUUCGCUAGCAAACAAAUGGGUAAGCGUGAUUCCAAAGCCACCAAUACCAACGGAAGAAUCCAGCUAGAUUUGUUGCAGUUGGUUCAACGGGAUCACCACUUGCGAAGCUAUACCUUGAACUCCGUUUGCGCUGAAUUCCUAGGAGAGCAAAAGGAAGACGUCCAUCAUACUAUGAUCACAGAGCUUUACAACGGAACGCCAGACUCGAGAAGACGUCUCGCUGUGUACUGUUUGAAAGAUGCCUACUUGCCUCAGCGACUUAUGGACAAGCUCAUGUGCUUGGUUAAUUACACUGAAAUGGCAAGGGUUACAGGUGUUCCAUUUAAUUUCCUUCUGGCCAGAGGUCAACAGAUCAAAUUCAUCUCCCAGCUUUUCCGGAAAGCUCUCGAGCAGAAACUUGUCAUCCCAGACUUGAAGAACGACGACAAUAGCAACCAGCAGUAUGAGGGUGCAACGGUUAUAGAGCCUGUGAGAGAUUACUACCCAGUUCCCAUCGCCACCCUUGAUUUCGCAUCUUUAUACCCUAGCAUCAUUCAGGCGCACAAUUUAUGCUACACCACACUUCUGAGUAAACGGACAGUCGAAAAGUUGGGGCUGAAAAAGGGCGAAGAUUACAUCGUUACGCCAAAUGAUGACAUGUUUUGCACCGCCAAAGUUCGCAAGGGACUACUUUCGCAGAUUCUUGAGGAACUACUUGCAGCGAGAAAACGGGCAAAGAGAGAAUUAGCCGUCGAAAAGGACCCAUUUAAGAAGGCCGUGCUCAAUGGCCGACAACUUGCCCUGAAAAUCAGUGCCAAUAGUGUGUAUGGAAUCACGGGAGCCACGAACGGAAAACUACCGUGUCUUCCCAUUGCUAGUAGCACCACCAGUUAUGGCCGUCAAAUGAUUGAGAAAACAAAGGAGGAGGUCGAGGCAAGAUACACCAUAUCCAAUGGCUACACUCAUGAUGCCAAAGUCAUCUAUGGAGAUACUGAUUCUGUUAUGGUCAAAUUUGGAACCACGGAUCUCGCUGAAGCCAUGAAACUUGGUGAAGAAGCUGCGGGGUUCGUAUCAUCGAAGUUUAUGAAGCCUAUCAAACUGGAGUUUGAAAAGGUCUACUACCCGUAUCUCCUUAUCAACAAGAAACGAUAUGCUGGUCUAUACUGGACCAACCCCGUCAAAUAUGACAAGAUGGACACUAAGGGCAUAGAAACGGUUCGAAGAGACAAUUGUCUCCUGGUUCAAACUGUUAUUGAAACCGUUUUGAACAAAAUUCUUAUUGAACGGAAUGUCAGUGGAGCGGAAACCUAUGUUAAAAAUAUAAUAUCAGACUUGCUUCAAAACAAAGUGGACAUGUCAAAACUUGUUAUAACAAAAGCCUUGACCAAGGAAGAAUACACUGGUAAACAAGCCCAUGUGGAGCUUGUUGAACGUAUGAGAAAACGAGACGCGGGCUCUGCACCUACUCUUGGUGAUCGUGUUGCCUACGUUAUCGUUGGUGGCGCCACAGGUGCUAAAAACUAUGAGAAAUCUGAGGAUCCGAUAUAUGUCCUCGAGAACAACAUCCCCAUUGAUACCAGAUAUUAUCUAGAGAAUCAACUUGCCAAACCUUUGACCCGUAUUUUCGAACCUAUACUCGGCGAAAAGAAGGCUGCUCAGCUGCUGAAGGGUGACCACACUCGUUCCAUCACAGUGGCAGCACCGACUCUUGGAGGAUUGAUGAAGUUUGCUAAGAAGACCCAAACCUGUAUGGGCUGCAAGAAACCGCUGGUCGGUAAGGAAGAGAUGUCGGGUGCUGUAUGUUCAAACUGUCGGCCUAGACUGGGAGAAUUAUAUACCCGAACCCUGAACAAAGUUUCAGAGCUUGAGGUAAGGUUUGGUCGUCUCUGGACACAAUGUCAACGUUGUCAAGGUAGUUUGCACGGUGAAGUCAUUUGCUCGAGUCGAGAUUGCCCUAUUUUCUACAUGAGAAUGAAGGCCAAAAAGGACGUCGAGGAUUCCGAAAAAGAACUCGCCCGAUUUGAUAACGACCCUGGUGCGUGGUAG